GAGAGAGAGAGAGAGAGAGAGAGAGAGAGAUAUUGGAAAAGCAGCCAGUCACUCGUCCCUCACUCCAAGCUCUAACUUUAAAGGCAGACAUGCAGAUUUUCUUGGUUUAGAUGCAGCGCUCAUGACAGGAUUAGGAGCCGGGGACGCGGGACCAACCGGAGAUCUGCAGGUCCUAGUGGACGAGCCUGAGCCAGAUUCUCUCCCUGUACAGCUGUGACCGGCCUCCCGUGUCCCGUCACACCGAUCUACCAACAAGUCCAAGUCGUCCAAGGUUCACCAGAUUAGUGAGAGGCCUCCCUGUCUCUCCUCCCCUCUCCCAUCAUGCGUCUCCUCGCCACCCUCGUCCUUUUGCUGCUCCUCAGGUCAGCUGAGCCCCAGAGAGGCCCUCGGUCAGGGGCUGUGGAGAGGGGCGCUGGGGGCCGCGUACGGGGCAGAGGCAGAGCCGGAGUGAUGCGGCGCCAAACUCAGGAGUGUAAGGAAUACGUGGAGGCAGGGGACAAGUACCUGGACUGUCAGGACAGGCAGCUGACCACCGUGAUGCAGCACUGGCCCAAAGAUAUUCACCACCUGCUCUUGGCAAGAAAUAAGAUUCAGGUUUUAAGGGGCAACAUGUUCUCCCAGUUCACCCAGCUGAAGAGCCUGGACCUCCAGCAGAACCACAUCUCCAUGGUGGAGGACGGAGCGUUCAUUGGCCUCUCCAAGCUCCGAACCCUGCUCCUCCAGCACAACAGACUGAAAACAGCCACCGAGGAGGUCCUGCUCCCUCUCACCCGCCUCACCUACCUCCGUCUCUACGACAACCCCUGGAGCUGCCGCUGCUCAUUGGACAGCCUGGUCAGGACCCUGCAGGUGCCCAGCAACCGCAACCUCGGCAACUACGGCAAGUGUGUGGAGCCCCAGUCGCUGAGUGGCCAGAAGCUGAGGAAGCUGAACGUGGACUUGUUGUGUGCGGACGACAGCCAGGUGGACAGGAGGCCCGGGGGCGGAGAUGGGGGGCGACCGAAGCCUCCGCCGAUCAAAGUGAAGACAGAGGCCACGUCCAUGUGCCACACCUACAUGUUCCCCAAACCUCUGCUGGACUGCAGCAACAAAGAUUUGAACAACAUUCCGUCUGAACUGCCAUCUGACAUAGUGAAGAUGGAUCUGUCCAAAAACACCAUCAAACAUCUCAGGCCCAAACAGUUCCUGCUGUCCAAAGACCUCAAGCUGCUCAACCUUAGCAGCAACAGCCUGCACCAUUUAGACACAGCUGCAUUUGCAGGCCUGCUGUACCUCCGAGAGCUCGACCUAUCCAAUAACAGCCUCCCUUACUUUGAGUAUGGCGUACUGGAGGACCUCUACUUCCUACGGAAGCUCUCGCUGGAGAACAACCCCUGGAUCUGUGACUACAACAUCCACUACCUGAUCUACUGGCUCAAGCACCACCCCGGCGUUUUCUACACCGGCCUGUUCUGCUCUGAGCCGCAGGAGUUCAGGGGCUGGCGAGUCGAGGAUUACGUCAAGACCUACAACGGGGAAUGUCCCAUUGAUAAACAAAAUGGAGGGAUAGGUACGGGACAGGGAGGACAGGGGGGGGUGGAGAACGAUGCACAGGAGGGGGCGGGGGAGACGGAUGAGAUGCAGGGUGAUCACCUGCCUCAGCCUUUGCAACAGAAAAAGCCCAAAAGGUUUGAGAUCAUCAGGCUGAGUUAGAAUGGUGGUGGAUCAGACUGGUGUGGUUUAGUAUAGAGGUCAAAGGAGUGUUGGAUUAAAAUGCAGGUCUGCGGAGAGGCUGAAAAAUGGAUUAAUAAAGGUAGACUCAGUUUGAUGUUUGGAUAAACAAUGUGACCAGUAAUAGUACAAUCUGCAAUGAUAUAAAUAAUUAUUUUCCAUCUUGUUUGGAUAAGAGAAAAACUGAUUUGGGGGUCAUUAAAUAAUUAAUAAAGAUUAUUCAUUUCAAUGCCGUAUUGCUAAAUUGACCUAUAAACAAAGAUUUGGGAGCUUUUGUUAUUUAUUUUUGCAGAGCUUUCCCAACCCAGUCUGUAUCAGAUCUAAUAACCUCCACAAAGACGUCUCUUUGAAUUCCCUACACAAUGAACUGCAGGUGCAUUUUCUCUGUUACAGUCAUUUUAUUAUUGAGUUCAGAUAAUCUUUUCUUUUUAUUCAUAAAAAGCAUUUUUUUUUGGUCUUUUUUGUGUUUAUUGAUGUACGACGUUGUCUACCUGUUUUCUGGAAAUAAAAUUGUGUUUAUUUUUUCUGAAAA